UUACACAGCUUUUUACGUUUUUGGGUGAAUUUAGUUUUACACUGCAUAAUAAAUAUGCCCCUAAGUGUUGCUAUGCACAAUGGUUGGGAGCAUUGGCCCUUAAGUGCAAUGUUGGCAUAGAUAUGGGGGGUUAGUGUUCUAAGAGGUAGGAUCAAAGGUUAGUUUUGGGGAUAGGAUUUCAGAGGUAAAGAGCAAAAAGAUAAUAAAGUUUAAUAUGGGAAAUAACAAUAGACGUGGGUAGUGUUAAAAGUCAGUGGCUUUAAAGUGAUACUGAUACUAAAUAUUUUCUCUUCAAAUAUUAAUAUACAUUAAUAGUUACCUAUAGGUCAUAUUGAUAAUUUUUCACUGAUAAUUCUUCUUUUUAAAGUAAUUGUUACUUGAAGUCCCUAAACCUGACUGUUUUGCCAACCAGACUGUCCCAUCUAAGACUUUGAGUUAGAGUUUCUAAUGCUUAUGGACUCCUGCUGCACAAAUAUGGCAGCCCCCUCAUAGAGGAACACGGGGGUAAGAAAGGGCUUUAAAUAAUAGCAGAAGCAUUUUGGAGGCAUUUAAAAGGGUAUAAAUAGGUGAUCUAGAGAAUUCAGACUCAAGAGCAAAAGAAUUAAGGGAGGUUGACAUAGCUAAUGUCUGUAGACCUGGCAGUCUAUUCGUGGAUGGAAUCUUUUUUGUUUUUAAGAAGCCAGCAAAGUGGUCACUAAGUGUGCUUGGGACAUCAAAUUGAUAAAGGGCACAUAGAUUAAAGGUGGCCAUACACAGGCCGAUAAAAGCUGCCAACAGACCAAAGUCCAGCUUCUUGCCCAUUGUAUGGGGCCCUCCAACAGGCAGAUUCAAAAUCUAGUCGGAUCAAGGAUCACAUUGGUUCAUUGAUGUUGUACUUGCUCCAACCUCCUGCAUUCCUGGUGUUGUGAUCCAAUUGCUGUAACUCCAAGUAUUUAGGAUUUGGGUUGAGUUAUGAAGGAUUUCAGCAGAAAGAGAAUUAAGUAUAUUUUGAGUAUCCAAGAACUCUUUUUGACUGGAAAAUCAAUGCACAUUACCUAGUAUAAAGGUAAUAUGAUAUAUUCUUUUCCGUUUUUCUGCCGAAAAAAAUACUUUAGGUAGCAUGAAAGGUAGAUGCUUGGAGCACAUUGGGAAGUGACCCAGAAGGUAGCAACCUCCGGUGUACUAUGAUAAAAGCACUAAUUAAGAAAGACUGACAGACAAAUGAUAAGCCGCAAUAUAUGGAGUCACAACGGAGUUCAUACUAUGCUAUUUAAAGAAGUUCAACAUGGACAUGGUCUAGAGGAUGCUGCUUAAUACACUCAUUGUUUUGCCAUGCACCUGAUCUGUUGGGAUGAAGCUUACAACAUAACAAUGUCUUUUACCCAUCACUUUUCACUUUUAAUCCAUAUUUACAAGCACUGAUUGCACUACUGUAGUGCAGGGGUUAUGCAGUCACUGAAUCAAGAUGUGUCAGAAUGUGCAAGCAUGGAAUAAACUGAUAAAGAAUUACAACAGGCUUCUGAGCUAUUGUAUGGACACACUACACUAAUCACAUUACCACUUCCAUUUUGGAACCCCUAGACAAUUAUUUGUUGUACCCCACCAACAAACAAUGAGCAGGAGGGUGGUAGAGUGUUAUGUCUUGGGUGGAAGGUUCUUUUUAUUAAAGCAUUAAAUAAUUCUAGCCAGGGGCUGGCUUAUAAUAAAGGAAUAUCAAGUUGAAAAUAAAAGUGUAACCUUUAAGGAUAAUAAAAAUCAAGUCUGCUUAACUGCAUUUAAAUAUGCUUGUUCGAAAAAGAUGAAAUUGGAAAUCAUUUUAGGUAUAAAGGUGCAGAUAUUUGAACACACUUGAUAAAUCACAGAUUAUAUAUAUAUUUUUACACUUAUAUUUUAUGCAUCUGCAGCACUUUAGACCCAAAAGUAUAACAAAAUCCAUGUUGAUACUGCACAAUGCAUUUGUUUUGUGGUGCAGACUAUGAGGGUUUGCACAAUUAAUGUUCCCUGCUGCUUUUUGUGUUUUUUAAUCCUUCUUGGAGGAAAGUUAUCCCACAUACUUGGCUCUGAGUUGGCAGCUUAUCUGCACCUGCAUGGGGUACUCUGAUGGGCCUACCAAACUGAUAUUUGGCCAAAAAUUGGCCAGAUAUUGUUCAGAAAGGCUUGACAGGCAUUGACUGAUUAUGCGGUUCUUGUCUCAAUGGCCUGUAUACCCAUUGUUGUGCAAUUGUUUGUUUGCUAAAUGGCACUUAGCUUUUAAGAUUUGGGGACUCCAACAAAUCCUCCAAAUCUUGAGUGCCAUUUAGGGGCAAUGAUGUAUUUAGUAUAUUGGAUAUUGCUGAAAGUACUACAGCAUGACUGAUAUGAUAGAGUCCUUUACAACCUUGUUGUUAUAGGCUUGAACUCAAAAUGUCUGGUUCAAGUCAUCCUGAUGCAGUAAAGUGAGUGGCACAGCCAAUAUAAGCUACCUGCUGGUUGCUUCUAAUAUGAUUAAAGAAGGUACAAUACUUUGAUUGAUAGGUUGAUAGGGUAACAUAUGAUGCAGCGCUAAUAGAGACAAAAUAUCAAGUACCCUGGGUAUGUAUAUCUACAGUGCACUAGUGCAUAUCUCCUGGGAAGUUUUUUCCAAGUUUAUUUGCCUCAAAUGUAUAAUUAGCAAUGUACAAUUAUGCCACACAUAUUAUCACAUUGCAGUUUAGAGGCUGGUUUACAAAGGUGGUGCAAUUGCACAAAUAAUAAAUAUCUUCGUGUCAAAUAGUGCCUGCAGUUGUGAAAAUAGGCAAGUAUGGCCCUAAGCAAAAUGUUGAAACAGAUCCAGAAACCUGAGUUUUAUAACAACCGCUGAACGUCCAUUUAAAUAUAAUUGUUUGGGCCUUGUACAAUUUUCACAGGGUGAGCUGUAGGUAUUUACAAUGACUGUUGUGUCUGAAAACAUGUGGCAUAUAAAUGGCAAGACCAGGUGGAGAUUGGUGCCAAAGUAACAUUAUUCCAUAAAUCUUUGCAGUGCCCCAGCUUAUUCAAUAAUCCAUAUAGUGUGCUAUUACUAUGGGCAGCAAGUUAUGCUAUCAUAUAUUGCAGCAAGUUAUGCUAACUUAUAUUUCAGCUUGUGGGAUUUUUGUGUGCAGUGUAGCUUUGCACAAUGAAAGACAACGUAAUGCAACCAUAGGGCAUAUUUGGUCCUCACUUUCUCCCAAAGUUCCCAAAGUAUUCCAUGAAGUUUCCUUAGUGUAAAAAAGAAAUACACAUUAUACACAACUAAUUGCAGUUAAGAGUUUGCAGUAUUUUCUCUAAUACUUAAAAAAUGCAGGUAUAAAAAUGGCAUUAGGAUGCAUGUGUUGCUUUUGUAGAACUGUUAUAGAAAAUGCUAAAAAUGAAUGUAUUCCCUAGAUUGUCUUUUAAAUAUAUGGUAUCAGCGGACCUGCUGUAUACUAAUGAGUUAAUGAGCAGAGCCUAGUGAAAAAUGCACAAGGCUCUCUUAAUAUGACACCUUAUCUUAUGUCAUCAUCACAAUUGUUAUAAAAGGGUAAGUCCGCCUGCAGCAGAGGAAAACGUGCCAGUCUGCGUGAGCUUGUGCAACUGAUACAGACAAGGAGAUAUCAUGCAUCACUAAUGAGGAAAUCUCAGCCAAGCAAGUCACUAGCACAUUUUCCAAAGCCUCAAAGGCAACUGAAGACUGAACAACUUAGUCUCUUUAACUCUCAGCUCUGACAUGGUAAUAAUCCACGCUCAAUGAAAGAUCGAAAUAGUCUGCAAAGAAACUUAUUACUAAGAUGCCAUAAGAGUGAAGGUCAGUAUUCUGGAUGCGUUUCUGGCUGCCAAGCUACACUGAGAUGAACAUUGGGGGAAAUCUCACUUUAAUGAUACCUUGGAACAAAUUCCUCCUGUGCACACUUCUGCUGUCUCUCCUCGGUAAGUAUUCCACUACAGUUUAUUUACAAACUAGGACAACAUUUUGGGGUGCUAUGACUAUAAUCUGGGACCAUGCUGUGGGUUCCCCAGCUUCUAUAGAACUGAACCCCAAAAGACAGGUCAUGCAGGCAGAUGAAGUUCAACGACAACUGGAGGACAUCAGGCUGGACAUUUCUCUCCUUUCAUAUUAUGAGAAAAGAGGGUCCAUUGCUGCAGUUUCUGGUCUGAAAUCGAGGACAUCAAUAAACGGGUUUAAUGCAAUUCGCCAGAAAAGAGAUCUCUUAACAGCAGAGAAAUAUGAACCUUCUUCUGGAGCUCGAUCUCUUAGGGUUUUUACAGAAACUUUUAUUCCACAAGAAGGUUCUUGCCCUCACGCAUGCCUCAAUGGAGCACAUUGUACAGAUGCUGGUGUUUGUGACUGUGAAAACUUUCAGGCACAGGGAAACAGGUGCCAGUUUGUACCUAACACUGGCAAAGAGAGAGAAGGAAUCUGUAAAACCUGGGGACAGUAUAAUUUUGAAACAUUUGAUGGAAUCUAUUUUUACUACCCUGGAAACUGUUCCUACAUUUUUUCCCGAGACUGCAGCCAGCCUGUGCCUCUGUAUACUAUCUGGGUCCACAACAGUCCACAGUGUGGAGGUUCAGUGUAUACAUGUGCCCGCUCAAUCAGCAUGUUCUUCUCAAGCCACGAUGAGAUCACUGUUUCCGGUUAUGAAGUCAGAAAAGGAGGAGUACGAUUAGAACUUCCACAUACAAUUGAGAACAUUUUUAUUGAAAGACUAGCUGACUAUAUUUUGGUAAAAACAACCUUUGGAUUUUCCCUUGCCUGGGAUGGUGAAACGGGUGUUUAUAUCAAAUUGUCAGAAGAUCAUAAAGGCAAACCAUGUGGACUGUGUGGAAACUUUAAUGGAAAUUGGUCGGAUGAUCUAACAAUGCAGCACAGUGAUUCUACAGAAGACAUUGCCUUAUUUGCUAACAGCUGGAAUGUCCAGACCCCAGAAGAACCCAAUUGUGUGGCCACAGAGUCUGAUUACCCUAAUCCAUGCUCUUCUCAUGUUCCUUAUUUUCAGGAGGUCUUUCUCAAGUGCCAAGUUCUGCAACAGUUUCCUUUCAUGAGCUGCCAUGAGACCAUAGACCCAUACUCCUAUAUUGCUAGUUGCAUGAAUGACCUCUGCAAGAAAGAUGAUGAAGAAACCUACUGCCGAGCUGUAAUGGAGUAUGCUAGAGCAUGUUCUCAUUCAGGCUUUCCCAUUCGAGACUGGAGGGAUGACUUUCCUGCAUGCACUGAGAAGUGCGAAGAUAAUUUUGUACACCGUGACUGUAUUAGCUGUUGUCCGCCAACUUGCACAUAUGAAAAAGAAUGCUUGGGAAGCAACCUCCACUGCCUGGAUGGCUGCUAUUGUCCAGAUGGUUUGAUUCUCAACAACGGCUCCUGCGUUCCUGUGACCAGUUGUCCAUGCAUCUAUCAUGGAAUGGCCUACCCAGCAGGUUCUGUGAUUGAGCAAGAAUGCAGCAUGUGUGUUUGUGCUGGAGGCAUUUGGAAUUGCACGGAACAUGAAUGUCCAGCUGAAUGCUCUGUAAUUGGAGACGCGCAUUUCACAACAUUUGAUGGCCGUUAUUAUACUUUCUUGGGUACAUGUCAGUAUAUCCUUGUAAAAGGGAUUGGAAAGGAAAAAUUUACCAUCACUGUGCAAAAGACCUUAUGUGAACAGAACUUUGACCAUGCCUGCAUCCAAUCAAUUACACUCGUGAUUGACGAAGACAUAAAUAAACAAGUGACACUUUUCAGAGAUGGAGAAGUCCAAUAUGGUUCCAAUCAGGGUUUUAUCAUAAACGGAGAGAUUGAAGUUCGGAAUCUGUCCUCAAUGUUUGUGCAAGUGAAAACUAAAUUUGGAAUAAGGCUGCAGUUUUCAAAGGGUGGAGACAGACUUUAUAUUAAGGCAAGUAGUGCCUGGAGGAGAAGAACCUUGGGCCUUUGUGGAACAUUUAACGGCAACCUAAGAGAUGAUUUUUUGUCUCCAGCAGGGAUGAUUGAAGGAACUCCACAGCUCCAUGCUAAUGCCUGGAAGAUAUCAUCUGCUUGUGUAACACCAGUUAACAUCCCAAUAGUGGAUCCAUGUGACAUAAAUAUCCAAAAUGUUGGUUUUGCUGCACACUGUGAUAUCAUCAAUCAAGAGCUGUUUGCACCGUGCCAUACAUAUGUGAACCCGGGCCAAUAUUACCAGUUAUGUCGGUUUGAUGCAUGCAAAUGUGGAAGCAGCUGCCUAUGCAAUGCCCUUGCCCACUAUGCCUAUGUCUGCAACAAGCAUGGGGUCACUGUUAAUUUCAGAUCUGAAGUUUCUUUCUGUGGGGUCAUAUGUCUUCAUGGAAUGUUAUACCAGCAGUGCACCUCAUUCUGUGGACGGACCUGUGCGUCUCUUACAUCUGGAGAAGUCUGUAGUGAUGAUGAAUGUGUUGAGGGAUGCAACUGCCCUGAAGGAAAAUACUUUGAUGAGUCAGUAAACUUUUGUGUUGGAAUAUCCAGCUGUCGAUGCUACUACAGAGGCAAAAUGUUUCACCCAGGGGAAGUCAUGUUAAGGCAUGCUGGAUCUUGCCAGUGUUUGAAUGGAACAAUGAAAUGUACUGAAACAGCUACAUCCAUAGCAGGCCACACAUGCCCAGAUGGAAAAAUAUACUUUGACUGCCGAAAUCCCAUACCUGGUUUUCCAUCAGCUGGGGUUAACUGUGAAGCCACUUGUGCCAAUCUGGCUAUGAAUUUCACAUGUGUGCCCUCCCCACCCUGUGCCAGUGGAUGUAUUUGCCCAGCAGGAAUGGCAGAGCACAAAGGGAAAUGUUAUGUACCAGACAGCUGCCCAUGUACAUGGAAAGACAGGGAAUAUCUGUCAGGAGAAGCUAUCUCUACACCCUGUUAUACAUGUGUAUGCAGAAGAGGGCUCUUCAACUGCACCAGUUACCCCUGCCCAUCAGUUUGUACCGUGUACGGAGACCGCCAUUAUUACACUUUUGAUGGACUCGAGUAUGAUUAUGCAAGUGACUGCCAAGUCUAUCUAGUCAAGGUAAGUUCACAAGAUGCACGUGAGGCAUUCAGUUUCCACUGGAAGGAUGAUGGCCAAUGGAAGAGUGUGGACAAUUCCAAUGUUUCAGUCAUUGCCCAGAAUAGGAAAUGUUUUGACAAUGACAUUAUUUGCUCCAAGAAUCUUGUCAUUUCUUUGGGUGACACAGACAUUUACUUUGGUGAAACGUCGGGUGCCCAGAAGAUAUAUAGAAUGCAACACAGUUUAUACAGAUACGAACAUUGGAAGGCUGGUUUUUAUACAGUGGUGCACUUUCCAGAACUGGAAAUGACAAUACUCUGGGAUAAAAAAACCACAAUACAUGUCAAAGUAGGACCUCGGUGGAAGGGUAAAUUGGCAGGUCUCUGCGGAAAUUUUGAUAAGUACACUUCAAAUGAUUUCACAACAUCAAACAACAUGGAAGUGAGAAACCCCCAAGUUUUUGGAGACAGCUGGACAAUUGGACAGUGUAAAAGUUCAAAUGAGACAGUGAGACCUUGUGAGGUUCAUCAGAGCAAAUUUCCAUAUGCCAAAAAGGAGUGCUCAGUUCUCUACAGUGAUGUAUUUGCUCCUUGUCGCAAUGUGAUCGAUGUGACAUCAUUUGUGAAAAAUUGCCAUACAGAUACGUGUAACUGUAACCUGGGAGGGGACUGUGAGUGUUUGUGCACUAGUAUAGCGGCAUAUGCUCACAAAUGCUGUCAGCAAGGAGUAUCAGUCCACUGGAGAUCUCCCAAUCUAUGUCCCUACGACUGUGAUUACUAUAACCAAGGCCUUGGAGAGGGUCCUUACAUUCUUUCCAGUUGCGGAAAUAAGGAUAUUGUUUUAGGUGUCAAUGUUACCAGCAAACAUUUAUUUCCCGUGCCAAGAAUGAGUGCACACGGACGGGUUUUGUUUAAUUUCAUGAUAACACCUGGACUUUUCAAAGAUAAGGACCUAUCCUUGUCACUUGUCUCGUUGGAGUCUGCGGAAAGGCCAAACUAUUUCCUGUCUGUUUAUGAAAAUGACACUGUUCAGCUGGAACAAUGGGAGGCAAAUUCAUUGUUUCGUAGAAGGGCAACGUUUUUCCACCAUCAAGGCCUUUGGAUUCCAGGCUUUAGUGCCUUUGAAUUGCACAGCAAGAAAGGAUUUUUUAUUGUGCUCACUGCUACAGAAGUUAAAGUUUCCAAAUAUGACAAUUCAGAAGAGUUCAAACUUUCAAGCAGCUUUAAAAUUGAAGAGAUCGUUGCAGCUGUUCCAUACAGGAGAAUGUGUGAAUGGAAAUAUGAACCAUGCGCCAACCCUUGUGUCAAAACCUGCAGUGAUCCAAAUGCCACAGCAUGUUCAUUUCUCCCUCCGGUAGAAGGAUGUGUCCCAUACUGCCCAAUUAAUAUGAUUCUUGAUGAGGUCACACUGAAAUGUGUCUACCCAGAAGACUGUGUUCCAGUUACAACAACUGAUUUGCCAGUUCCAACAAAACCAAUAAAGAUAAGACCAACAGUUACAGCUUCUUAUGUGGAAACAACACCUUCAUCAAUUCCACUUGUUUCAGUUUCCCUUGAACCACUCUCGACUGAAAGCCCAUUACAUUCUACAAUCCAGGACUCCUUUAACACGACAAGCAAAAUUCAAACAAGUUAUCCAGGGCUAACAACUGCAAGUACAAAAGCACAGCAUGAACUAUCUACACAAGAAACAGAGCAAUCAACAUUAGGUGUGAGUCCUACAAUUCCAACAACAACGCCAAUUAAGUCUUCUUCAGAUGUCCAUUCAGUUUCCUAUCAUACGCUGACUCCUUUUCCAACUGUUACAAGUGCGCCUCCAGGACCAGCUCUUGACACAACCAAAACACCAACAAGGAUGCUGGGCCCAUCCUCCCUGGGUCAUUUUCUACUGACAACAAAGUCUGUGACUGUAUCUCCCUAUCCACCCUGGAUAGAUAGUACUUAUUUAUCCACUCAAGAUUUAUCAAAAUCACAAUUUCAGUCAAGUCAAACAUCACCUAUUGAAACAACAGGAUCUUACAUGUUAUUGUUAUCUACUAAAUCAAUCACCCCCAUAAAUAUGUCUACUACUCUUACAAAAUUCACAUCUCUGACAAAGCCUGUUGAUGAAGAAGCCGGUCUAAGUGGACAAACCACUUAUAAUGUAACUGAUAUACAACAAUUUACCAGCAUUCCAACAUCAUUAUCAAAUAUGUCAUUAUCUUUAACGUCAACUCAGAAAAUCACCACUGAUGUUUCUCAAACCACAGGGACAACAGAAACUCCUUUUACAUAUGUACCUCCAUUAGUGACACUCUUAGCCACAAGUUUUAUAAGUCCAACACAGUCUGUUUCAGCUGAACGCCAAACUUCAAAGGCUGUUACACAAACUAAAAUGACAGAGAGAAAGGAAGAAAUCUUUGCUUCAAUAACCUCAAAAAUGCCUUAUUUCACGGAUGGUACAAGCUUACCCACAUUUUUGCAGACUAGUACCAAUAUUUCAAAAACUGAUUUUCCACUGCAAAAUACUACCUCUGUUACAGAUUUAGACAUGCCCUCCAUUUAUUUGCAAUCAACUAUGUCACCAUCAACCCCAAAACAACCAGCUUAUAUUCCAUCAGUUUCUUCACAAGUCUAUACUAAUACUUCUGCAGAAACCACCACUCCUUUGAUUUCCAGUGUAACCAUUAUUCAAGGUACUACUGUAACUCUGAGUACUAAAAAAUUCCCAAAAAGUACUGAAUCAGCUGCAAAGACUUUCCCUCAGUUAAGCACUAAAGAAGUUUCCAGUACAAAAUUCCCUACUCCGGGUAUGCAGUCAUUAGAUACAAUCUCAGUUAUGAAGCCCUCUGAGAAACAAGAAGUAACAAUGGCAGUAACAAGUCAUUCAAUAGUUCCAUCUACAACAUCUUCCAAAGAAAGUUUUUCUACAUAUUUUCCUGUUUCAGUCUUUGAAACUUUGAAAUCUUCUUACCCUGUGAGUUCAUCCACACCUUUAGCAGAAUUAGCCAAAAUUACAGCAUCUACAACCAGUCGUUUCAAAGUUGACACUGAUUUGAUUUCAACUGAAAAGGACAGGGAGACAUCACAAGCUCCUACAGUACAAUUAUUGACAACAACCGAGUCAGUUGUCACACCCACCACAGAAUCUGCAAUCAGUUUUACAACAACAACAACUGAAAGGGUUUUGGAUAUAACUUAUACACCCAAAUACAAUGCAAGCCAAACUAGGGCAACAACAGAAGAACAGCCAUAUACAUCAACACCAUUUGAGUCUACUGAAACAUCCUCAUCUUUUACUGAACAAAGGCUAAAAACUGUUAGUGAGCCUGUUUAUACUUCUGAACCAGCAAACAGAACAACUUUUGAGAGAAUUUCCCAACAGACAACUUCCGAAACCCUUUCUAAUUUUACAGAGUUCACACAAUUUGGAAGUACUCCAGAAAUAAUUGUGUCUGGAUCUUCUGUUGCUCCUAUUCUUGAAACAACAAGCUCAGAAACAGUUACUGAGAUAUUCAUGAAUUACACUGCAUCUUCUGAGUAUUAUUCAUAUGGCACCAUGGUCCAUACAAGCGGUGCCUCAGAAUGCAUGCCAAGAUACAUCGAAUCCCUGGACCCAUGCAGUCAAUAUGUCUGUAUAAAUAUGGGUUGGAUAUUGUACAAUGUUUCAAGUAACUGCCACAAAAAUGUAGAGAAGCCAAAUUGCGGCUUUCGUGGAAUGCCUGUUCAAGUGAAUAGUGAUAGUUGCUGUCCAGAAUGGGAGUGUCCAUGCCAGUGUUCUGUGCUAUCAGAACUGAGCAUCAUCACAUUUGAUGGAAAUAAUAUUGCAUUGUAUAAUGCUGCUCCCUACAUCUUAGUGAGACUUCCAAAAGAAACUAUUGUAGCCCACAUUGAAAAAUGCCCUCCGAGUCUUAGUGUCAACUCAAUAAGAAAACUGGUUCCUGCUGGAGGCACCUCUGGACUUUGUUUUAAAAAAUUAAAUGUGACAACAGCACAUUUCCAAGUCCUCAUAAACCGUUUAGAAAGAAAGGUAGAAGUGAAUUCAAUCAUUCAGCCUGUGCCUUUCUCAAAACAAGGACUCUGUAUUCAAGAUACAGGUGCAAUGUAUGUCAUUAACACUCCAGCAGGCAUCAACAUUAAGUGGGCUCAUGUCACAGGCAUCAUAGAUAUACAGUAUGGUCUACAUUCUAAUCUUUCAACCAAAACAGAGGGACUUUGUGGUAUUUGCAAUGGAGAUCCAAGUGAUGAUCUGAAGAUGCAAAACAGAACAAUAAUUACCAACAAGGAAGACAUUGAAGCUUUUAUCAAAAGCUGGGAAAUUGAGAAAUCAAUUGAUGUUACUACAAGACGUCCUAUAAGAAAUUGCACAGAGGAUAACUGUACUUAUUGCCUAGAACUUUUAAAUAGAAAAGCUUUUUCUCCAUGCCACAGGAAGGUUUCACCACAAGACUUCUGUGAGAAGAUGUGGAUCAACAACACAUAUUUUUUAAACUAUGAAUGUGAUGCUCUUUCUGCAUAUGUAGCUCUGUGCAACAAGCACAAUAUCUGCAUUCGAUGGAGGACCAAAGAUUACUGCUCACUGACUUGUCCAGAAGGGAAGGAAUACCAAGCUUGUGUGCAACCCUGCGCGGCUAAAACCUGCUUAAAUAAGUGGUAUUAUGAAGAAUCACCCUGUUCAUAUUUAAGGGAAGACUGUGUAUGCCAAAAGGGAACCAUACUUCAUAGAACUGAUUCAGAGCUCUGUAUUCCUGAAGAAAAAUGUGCAUGUACUGAUAAUGCAGGAAAUCCACAUUCACCGGGAGAAGUCUGGAAUUCAUCAAUGAAACGAUGCUGUAUGUCUAAAUGCCAAGAAAAUGGAACCAUUGUAGCUAUAGAACCUGACUGCAGCCAAGAGUCCGUGCCAACUUGCCAACGGAAGGGCGAGACACUUAUUAGUGUUAUUGAAGAAGGAGAGUGCUGUCCUAAAAAAGUGUGUGAGUGCAAUAUGUCUUUGUGUGAAACUCCUCUUACGUGUAAGACUGGUGAACGGCUGGUUGCUGAUUAUAAACCUGAGACAUGCUGCCCAAAAUAUACCUGUGAGUGUGACCUUUCUGCUUGCCCAAAAUCUUUAGCACCAAACUGCAGUGAGGACAAGAUCCUAGUGGAGGCAAGGCAAGAGGACCCAUGCUGUUUCACUUAUAUUUGUGUUUGUGAAUCCUGUACAGAACCUGUUCCAGUUUGCAGUGAAGGAGAAAUCCUUACCGUUGAUUUGAACACAACACACCAGUGUUGCCCUCAUUAUAUCUGCGUAUGUGAUGAAAAUCUCUGUUCUACACCACAGCCUCAGUGUGCGGCUGACACUAAACUGGUUAAAAAGGAAAGCCUUGGAAACUGUUGCCCAUCUUGGUCUUGCGAAUGUGACUGCGAAAAUGUGACAAAUAUAGAGUGCAGCCUGGGUGAAAUUCGGAGAAUUAAUGAAGACUAUAAAAGCCCAUGUGGAUGUAAUCAUUAUAUUUGCGAAAAACAAGAGGUCUGCAUCUUUCAGGGAAUCACAGUGCUACAUCCUGGGCAAUCACUGAUCCAAUAUGUGGAUGGGGAGCUCUGCUACACAGUACAGUGUUUACCUGAAAUAAAUGAAAAUAGUGGGUUCCAUUCCAUCAACAUUUCAGUUCUGAACUGCUCAAAACAGUGUGAAGCUAACCAAGUCUAUAUUCCAUCUCCAAGCCAUCAGAUGUGUUGUGGUACAUGCAGAAAUGUGUCAUGCUCCUUCUACAGUGAUAAUGAAACACUUGUGUUUUAUGAGGUUGGGGACACAUGGAUUUCCAACUGCACCAAAUUUGAAUGCACAAAGACCUCUGUAGGUGCUAUGAUACUGGGCUCUAGUGUGGUCUGUCCUCCUUUUAAUGACAGUGAUUGUCUGAAGAAUGGGGGCACUAUAGAGACCUACAAUGAUGGCUGCUGCAAGAUAUGUUCAAAGGAAGAAAAAAUUUGUCAGAAAGUAGCAGUUAGAACUACAAUAAGGAAAAGUGACUGUUUUAGCCAAAGCCCGGUAACUGUUGCAUCCUGUGAUGGGAAAUGUCCAUCAGCUACAAUUUUCAAUGUCAACCUUGAUAGCCAUAUAAGAUUCUGUAAGUGUUGCCGGGAAAAUGGAAUACAGAGUCUCACUGUGCCACUAUACUGCUCAGGAAAUGGUACGGAAGUGAUGUAUGUCAUACAAGAGCCCUUGGAUUGUUCAUGCCAGUGGAACUGAAUUUCGUGGAUGCUUGUCAACAAAUUUUCCUAACACCGCAAACAAUUUACAAAAAAUACAUUUUAUUAUAACUAAUCAUGUCAAAAAUUGUUAAAUAAAUUACAAAAUGUCAUUAAAUGUUGACCCAUUAAAAGUUAAUUGUAUAAGGGAGAUGAGUUUCAUAUGCCAAUUAAAACAAUUUUUAAGUAAAUAAAUGCUACACUCACAGGAAGAAUGACUAAUUUUUUUAAAAUGGGCACAUUUGCCCCUGUAAAAUAACCCAUAGCAAUAAUUAAAAAGUGUAGUUUCAUUAUUCUGCCUGUAAGAAACUAAUUAAUGCUACUUGCUGAUUGGAUAUUGCCAGUGCUCCCCCAAUGAACCCAGAUAAUAUAUUUAUAUUACAUGCGUAUAUCUGGUUGGAUUUAUUAAACAUCAACAUCAAACACACACCAUUACUAGAGGCAAAUUCAUCACCGAAAACACUGUAAGAAAACUUCAAAAACAUCUAAAACACAGGACAUCUUUAAAAAAAAUGUCUGACAGUCAGAAAUGUCUUUAUUAUACUAAACUUUUAAUAUAUUUGCCUCUAUGUUUUUUCUGUCUACAAUGGAGGAUAGCAUUAAUACACAGUAAUAUCACAUCAUGAUAGUGGAUAUUUCAAAGUGCAAAAACUAUUUUCAGCUUCUCCCGUUCAGUGUUAUACUUGAAUUUAGGGAAAUGGUUUUGUCAACUUUCCAACCUGAUCCCAGGUAACCUCCUUCUUGCAAUAUAUCCCUUCAGUCAUAAUAAUCAAUAUUAUUGUACAUAAUAUUGUCAAUAAACUGUAAGUAUUAUAAUUAAUGUAUGAAAGGAAACAUAAAAAUACUGGAUUGAAUAAUAAAUAUUACACUAAAAUACAAAAAUAGUAGCUCACAAAGAUUUAUGAUUUUGGUGUCCAAUAAUAACAUGUAUGGUCACGUCGCAAUAUUGAUUUUAAAGCAUAUGCCACUGGACCAAUUCAUGUAAUAAAUCAAUAAAGUAGAAGGAUGAGUAGCUGAUGCUGUGUAUGUAUUCAAAUAAGAAAAUAAAAAAGGAGAACGUUGAAAAAAAUUCUGCAUGGCGUUUAAAUAGAAAAUACUUGUAAAGCACUAGGAUUGUCGCCUUAAAGAAAGUUAAACAAUUACUGGAAAUACUGUUGUGUAUAUCACUUUGCUGGCUAAAAUUACUGCUAGACUGUUACUGCAGAAAAAUUUAUACUUCAAAAUACUGUUGGCUAAUAGAUGGUUUGGAAUUAUGUUAAACAUGUCUUUCAGUAAAGCACUUUGAAUUAUUUUGUAUUUGUUUGGUGAAAAUAUUUAAAAACUCAUGACCAUGUUAUAAGAUGUUAGUAUUUGUCUACCAGUCAAGACAAUAAUCUUAAGGAAUAUUCUAUGUUGAGUUUUUUCCAUCAUUUUUUUUUUCAAAUAAAGGCAAUUUU